AUGUGCAUCGUUGAGACGCAGACCAAGAUCUUCUCAGAAGGCCAAAGAGAAAGCACCAGGAUUGCGAAGCGUUGUCACAGAGCACCAGUUGACGGCAUCUGUGACAUCGUUGAAUACAAACAUCUCAGUCCCCAAGAUUCCGGGAUCGACCUGCCACUACGGGAUUCCUCGAAGACAGACACACGUCAUCGAGCCGACUCGACUCUUCAGGAUUCGUAUCGACAGAGUCGGGAAGAGCGUGAUGCACAAAUGCUGAGGGACCAGCUUGCCAAAUCCGAGCGCAAGCGCAUCUCAGCAAAAGAUGACUUGCGUCCAUCUAUUGAUGACGAUACGCUACGAGAGUCUUCCAAUGAGAGGAGACGUCGCAUUCGACGCGAGACUCAGGCUGCCCUUGAAGGAGCACAAGAGGCCGAUAAACGAAGGUCUCAAAUCGAAAACGAUCGCAAGCUGGCUGCCGAGUUCCAGCAGAUCGAGAAGGAGAAGCUCAAAAAGAAAGCUCGGGACAGUGCUAGCUAUACCCCAAAUCCAUUCGAGCCCUCCAGCCCAGCUUCUUCAUCGCGAUCGAUGGAAAAAAACACAUGCGAAUACCCGACGUCGCCAAUCCAACAACGCCGGCCUCUACCUUCUGCCAGGCAGAUGACUGAUACCACUGGAGGCGCUCAUUUGUCAACUCGCACUCCGCGAUAUGGCAAUGUCCAAGUGCACAAUCCUCCUCCUCCUCCUCCUCCUCUUCCGCCGGCGAGAAUGGAUCCUUUGGCGGAACGUGGUGAUCGUGUUAUUCAACGAGAGCAGAUGCGUGCUGUUGAAGACGAGACAAGAAGGAUGAAUGAUAUGCUUGAGAGAACGAAUCUGAGAGAUCAAAUGGAGGGUGAUGGAUUUGAUGAAGUGUUGGAGUCUGGCAGUCAGCGUUAUGAGGGUGGUGCCUCCGAAGUCCUACGUAGUAAUAGUAAUUAG